AUCGACCAAUUGAUUGAAUUGGGAAAUCUCCUCAUAAAUUCAAUUUAUUUGUGAAAUUUUGUAUUUUGAUUCGCGGAAAAUUACAUGUAAUUCUCGGCGAUAUUUCUUACCUGGCGCGGUCUCAAUUGCUUUGACAGCGCUCGCAGCGCCAUUGUUCCGGGAAUUGUUUUUGCGGUGCAUAUGUGAUUAUAUACGGAGCAUCAUUCCGAAGCAUAUUUCUCUAUAAAUUCUACAGAAAAUCAUGUCAAAAAGCGCUAAAAAGAGUGAUAAGGCAUCGAAGGAAGAUGAGGUUGUUAAAAUCAACAAAUGGGACGGUUCAGCCGUGAAGCAUGCCAUCGAUGACUCUGUGAAGACCGCUCUGCUAGAGAAGAACUGCGAUGAGCACUUCGGACUGGUGGACGGACGGCUGUUCAUCUGCAGUUUAGCUGUUAUCAUUGCCUUGGUGGCUCUGGCCUGGGAUCACCAAUACCCCUUCCCACAAUCAAAGCCCGUGCUGAUCGUCUGUGUGGCGUCGUACUUCGUCCUAAUGGGCAUCCUGACUCUCUACACGACUUUCUAUGAGAAGGGCAUCUUCGCCGUGGCGGUGCAGAAGGACGGCAAGAGCACAAAGGUGUGGCAGGCGAGCUCGGAGAUGAAGAAAUAUGAUGACAAGUAUCACCUGAGUCUCACAGUAAAGGACUCCCGCGGCGUCCGCGAGGCGUCCAUCGUGAAGUCCUGCGCCAACUACAUCGACACCAACGGCGUAGUUCUCAAUGAUCUCGUGGCCAAUGAACUGGGCCGGCUGUACAACUCCCUGAACGCCGAGAAGAAAGACAAAUAGAGUCACUGUGUCCAGCA